UAUACACUUGAGAUCUCGCCAGCACUUUACACGCCCUCUGCCGUCACAUCAUUUGAAUAUUUGCAGAUGUUUUGCAACGUGAGAGCAGGUUUGGUCUCAGGUUUGGUCAGAUUGCCCACUUUUGCAAAUUCAAGGGCAAUAAGAGUGACACCUGCCCUCUGCAGACACCAGCACAGGACUUUCAGCUCCGAGUCAGAAGAUGUCAAGGUGCUGUAUGAUGGGCUGUGUCCCAUUUGUGUGACGGAGAUCCGGUUCCUCCAGUUUCUGCAGAGAGACAAGCCUGGGAAAGUAGAUUUUAUCGACAUCUCCCUGCCAGGCUAUGAUGGAGAGAAAUAUAAGGGUGUCAGUUAUGAGAUGGCCAUGGGUGAAAUGCAUGUGAUUGAUGAGAAAAAUGAGGUGCACUGUGGGGUCCCGGCCUUUGCAGUCAUGUACAGUGCAGUGGGACUCGGCUGGUUGGGCCGCUUCAUGAUGUGGCCUCCUGUCAGACCGUUUAUGGAUAAAUCUUACGCCAUCUUUGCCAAAAACCGCUUAAAGUGGACUGGACGCGGGGACGAGUGCACCACCGGACGCUGUGAAAAGAAAACAAACUGACUCAACCCACAGAAAGAAAAAGGUUGUUUAAUAAGUCACUUAACUGUGAAUAAGAACCACAUAAUGGUUUGUCCUGUUAAACCAUCAGGUGUGUUAUAAAUAUGUCUGAGAAGAGUCCAAGAGUAUUUCUAGCAGAAGGAAAUAUUUGCUGCAUGAUUAACUGUUUUUUUUGUAAAGCCAUCAGUUCAACACAGAGUUUCUCUCCUUAAAGACUGUUGAGUAAACAUCUACUGAAACA